CAGAACACGAGGUGGAGCUGCAGGAUAAGAAGGUGCGUAUAGGCAACUGCAGAAGCCUCAGACUCCAUUACACAGUGAAACAGAAGCAGAGAGACAGGCAGGAAUAGGCUGGCUUUGUCACUGGGGCUGGGGAAGAGUCGGAGUCUUCAGCAAGGGUUGGGAGCACACAUUGAAAGGAUUGGAAAAUCCUAAUCAGCCUUUCAUAGAGAACGGAUCGCUAUAUUUGUGGAAAUAAGGGGAUCUUCGUAGCAAGAACAAUGGAAACCAAGGGGGACAGAAUUCGGCGGAUAAGGCAAGUUGUGUUUCUUAUUAUUCUUUUAAAUGCCUCGGACGUCAGGUCGGACUCGAUUCAAUUUUCGGUCCUGGAGGAAAAGGAGAGUGGCUCCUUUGUGGCUAAUGUAGCAAAGGACCUGGGGCUGGAUGUGGGGAAUCUGUCCGCUCGGGAAGCUCGGAUCGUUUCCAAAGAGGAUAAACAGUAUUUCCUCCUCAACCGUAAAACGGGGGAUUUGCUCCUUAAGGAGAAGCUAGACCGCGAGGUCCUAUGCGGUCAGAGCGAGCCCUGUAUUGUGCAUUUCCGAAUCUUAAUGGAAAAUCCUUUAGAGUUUUACCGGGUUGAAGUGAAGGUUAUGGAUGUAAAUGACCAUCCUCCAGUGUUUCUGGACAAAGAAAUUAUUCUCAAUAUUCCGGAGAAUAGUCCUGUGGGGACGGAAUUCCAAAUGGAAAGUGCAGAGGAUUUGGAUGUGGAAAACAACAGCCUCCAGUAUUACACCAUCAGCUCCAACUCGUAUUUCCACAUUAACACGCGCAGUCGCAGUGACGGCAGAAAACACCCAGAGCUGGUGUUAGAUAAAGCGCUGGAUCGGGAGGAGCAGGAAGAGAUCCACUUAACCAUAACGGCUCUGGAUGGAGGGAAUCCACCAAGGUCUGGAACCGCGGAAGUUCAAGUUCUCGUUAUGGACGUAAAUGACAACGCCCCCAAAUUCACUCAAACGCUCUAUGAGGUUCAGAUUCUCGAAAAUAGUCCUGAGGGCUCAUUGGUUUCCACAGUCUACGCUAAUGAUUUUGACGUAGGAAUCAAUGGGGAGAUAGUCUACACCUUUUUCCGUGCCUCCGAACAAAUUCGAAAAGUCUUCCAAAUUAACUCUCUAUUAGGGGAAAUUCGAUUGAUAGGACAAUUGGAUUUUGAGGAGAGCCAGGCGUACGAGGUGGAUAUUCAGGCUAAAGAUGGUGGGGGCCUUUCUGGCAAGUGCACUGUACGUAUUCGUGUAAUUGAUCUGAACGACAACCCUCCCGAAAUCACUAUGUCUUCAUUUACUGGUCGCAUCCCUGAGAAUUCUCCUGAGACGGUGGUGGCUGUUUUUAGCAUUAGAGAUCGUGACUCCGGAGACAAUGGUAGAAUGGUUUGUUCCAUCCAGGACGAGCUCCCUUUUGUCCUCAAGCCGACGUUCGAAAACUUCUACACCCUGGUAACUGACCGAGCAUUGGACCGAGAAAGCCAGUCAGAAUACAACGUUACUAUCACCGUCAGAGAUUUGGGCUCCCCGAACCUCAAAGCGGAGAAAAACAUUACAGUGCUGAUAUCAGAUGUCAAUGAUAACCCCCCGGGGUUCAAUCAAACAUCCUACACACUGUAUGUUCGGGAAAACAACAGCCCCGCUCUACACAUCGGCAGUGUCCGAGCUGUGGACAGAGACUCGGGAGAGAACGCCAGGGUGUCCUACUCUCUGCUGUCUCCCGAGGACGGCGACCUUCCCCUGGCCACUUAUGUCUCCAUCAACUCGGACAAUGGCAAUCUCUACGCUCUGAGAUCCAUGGAUUAUGAAGCCAUUCGGGAGUUCCAGUUUGAAGUGAGGGCCGUUGACGGCGGCUCUCCAGUCCUGAGCAGCCAAACGGUGGUUCGGGUGGUGGUCCUGGAUGACAAUGACAACAGUCCCUUCAUCCUGUAUCCUCUGCAGAACGGCACCGCCCCCUGCAAUGACCUGGUCCCCAGAUGGGCGGAGGCCGGCUACCUGGUGACCAAGGUGGUGGCAGUGGACGCGGACUCAGCUCAGAACUCUUGGCUUUCCUUCCAGCUGCUCAAGGCCACGGACCCUGGGCUCUUCAGUGUGUGGUCUCACAAUGGGGAAGUCCGAACCACGAGACUCAUCACAGACAGAGACGCCAUCAAGCAGAGACUCGUUGUCUUGGUGAAGGACCACGGGGAGCCCCCUCUGGCCACGGAGGCCACUCUGCACCUGCUUCUAGUGGACGGCUUUUCGGAACCCUACUUACGGCUCCAGGAAACACCGAUGGUCACUGAACCAGAGGACUCUAUCACGGUGUACUUGGUCAUUGCUUUAGCCUCUAUCUCAUUCCUCUUCCUUUUCUCAAUGAUCCUCUUCAUCAUAGUGAAGCUGUGGAGUAGGAGGAGAGACGCCACGGAUGCUGCCAGUCUUGGUCCCGAUGGCCAUUUCCCAGGACAUUUGGUGGAUGUGAAUGGGACCGGGACACUGUCCCACAGUUACCGCUAUGAGGUGUGUUUAACCACUGGAUCUGGGACCAGCGAAUUCCAAUUUCUCAAACCCGUUGUUCCUAGCCUCCCGCCCCAGGGAGCUGAAAAGUAUGUGGUAGAGAGUCCAACUUUUCGAAAUAGCCUUGUUCUGAAUUAGGGAGAAAUAGAAAGAACCAAUGCAUGUAAUUUGAUCAAAUAGUAUUUCUAAUUUUUUUCUAUGUUUAAAGUUUCGAUAAAUUGAUAAUACUUGCUAUGUAAUUAUUACGUUGGUUACCGAUCUCGCACUCAUUUGCUUUCAUUGUCCCCUCUGAAGAAAGAUAUCCAUUUGAAAGCACAUAUUUCUGUGCCUAUUUGAGGAAUAUGAAACUCAUAUCUGGCCAGGAUUAAUUUGCAGAAUUUGGCCAACUAUCUUUCCAUUGCACUUACAGGACAAUUAAGUGAACGUGUGCCCUUCUGCGACUUUCGCCCCACAAAUUCUACUGCUUGAAACUUAUUUCUAAGGAAAUCAUUUCUCAUUGUUGAUCUAUACUGUCAUUAAGCAGAAGAAACAUUUAGAAUACUCUAAUAUUUAGUGCUAUUCUACAUUUAUGUUUUAUCAUUGCUACUUCCUCUAUUCAUUCUC